GCAGCGGGAGCGUUUCGUACGUGCGCCGCUUGGUCCCUGGUGUCCCGGUUCCCGCGGAGAGGACGCCGGGAGGUCUCCGGGAGCCGGAGAUGGAAUCAGUCGUCUUUGAAGAUGUGGCUGUGGACUUCACUCUGGAGGAGUGGGCUUUGCUGGAUCCUGUUCAGAGGAAGCUCUACAGAGAUGUGAUGCUGGAAACUUUUAGGAACUUGGCAUCAGUAGAUGAUGAGACUCCAUUUAAGGCCAAUGAGUCAGUUUCUCAACGAGAUACUCAUGAGAAAAAAAUAUCCAAGGAAGAUAAAAUACUGAAGUUUACAAGAAAUGAUUCUUGGUCCUCCAUUUUAGGAAAAAUUUCAGAAGGCCUUAGCAUUGAAGAUCAGCCUAAAGACCAGGGGUUGCUUCUUCGAGAUUGUAUGGUUCUGAGACUCUGUGAAAGUAAUGAAGGUCAUCAAUGGGGAGAAACCUUCAGCCAGAUUCCAAAUCUUAAUCUAUACAAGAAAACGACUACUAGAAACAAUCCAUUUGAAUGCACUGAGUGUGGAAAAGUCUUUAUGUAUCCUUCCUCAUUUAAGAGGCACAUCGCAAGUCAUGCUGGACACAAACCAUAUCAGUGUCCAGAAUGUGGGAAGGGCUUUGGUUUUCCAUCAGAAUUAAGAAGGCAUGUGAGAAUUCACAGUGGAGAAAGACCUUAUGCAUGUGAAUUAUGCUGGAAAACCUUCAUUCAUCUCCGAUCCUAUCGAAGGCAUGAAAAGGUUCAUAGUAAAGAGAAACUUUAUGAAUGUAAACAAUGUGGAAGCACCUUCAGUUUUCUCGACUCCUAUCAAAGGCAUGAAAGGACUCACAAUAAAGAGAAGUUCAAUGAAUGCAAGGAAUGUGGAAAAGCCUUCAAGUGGCCCUCAUCUUUAACAAGACAUAUGAGAACGCACAGCCGAGAGAAACCCUAUGAAUGUAAGCAAUGUGGGAAAGCCUUCAAAUGGCCCAUAUCUUUACAAACACAUAUGAGAACACACACUGAAGAAAAAUCUUACAAAUGUAAGCGAUGUGGGAAAGCUUUCAUUUGGCCUAUAUCGUUACGUACACAUAGGAGAUCACACUGUGGAGAGAAAUCCUAUGAAUGUAAGCAAUGUGGGAAGGCAUUCAGUUGGCCCAUAUGCUUACAAAGACAUAUGAGAGUGCAUACUGUAGAGGAACUUUAUGAAUGCAAUCAGUGUGGGAAAACAUUCCGUUGGCACUUUUCCUUACGGAGACAUUUGAUAACACACUCUGGAGCCAAACCCUAUGAAUGUAAAGAUUGUGGGAAAGCCUUUAGUUGGCUUAUAUCCUUGCGAGAGCAUAUGACAAAGCACUCUGGCAAGAUAUUCUAUGAAUGCAAGGAAUGUGGCAAAGCAUUCUAUUAUCUCCAGUCCCUUCGAAGGCAUGAAAGGUCUCACAGCGAAGAGAAACUCUAUAAAUGUAGGCAGUGUGGGAAAGGCUUCAAUCAACUCUUCUACCUUCGAAGACACGUGAGAAUGCAUACUGGAGAGAAACUUUAUGAAUGUAAGGAAUGUGGAAAAACCCUUAAGUGGGCCUCAUCUUUAACAAUACAUAUGAGAAUGCACACAGGAAAGAAACCCUAUGAAUGUAAGCAGUGUGGGAAAGCCUUCAACUGGUCUAUCUCUUUACGAGCACAUAUGAGAAUGCACUCUGGAGAGAAACCCUAUGAAUGUAAGCAAUGUGGGAAAGCCUUCUAUUGGUCCAUAUCUUUACGGGCACAUAUGACUACACACACUGGAGAGAAACCCUAUGUAUGUAAACAAUGUGGGAAAGGCUUCAAUCAGCUGUCAUACCUUCGACGACAUGUGAAAAUGCAUUCUGGAGAGAAACCCUAUGAAUGUAAACAAUGUGGGAAAGCCUUCAAGUGUCCCUCAUCGUUACCAAAACACAUGAGGACUCACACUGGAGAGAAACCCUAUGAAUGUAAGCAAUGUGGAAAGGCUUUUGUUUCUUCCUCAGCCUUACGAUAUCACGUGAGAACACACAGUAGAGUGGAACACUAGCAACGUAAUGUGGGAAUGCCUUCUGAAAACUAAUUCAUGUAUAAUGCUUUUACAAAUUCACACCAGGAGAAGAAUCUUAUAAAAGUUAUAAAUGUAACAUUCCCUUUAUCAGUACCUUAUCCUUAAAGUGAAUCCAUUGGAGUUUAUUUUUAGUUUUUUAAGAAAUAAGUAUUAAGGUAAGAAAGGAUUCUGUAGGUAAUCUUUUAGCUGUAAUACAAAAGUUUUCCCAGGUAGUAUUUUUUCUUAUUAUUAAGUUAAUCUUUUACCUUUGAAGUUUAAAGUCUGCUGGAUCCCUGGGUAUUUUGAAUGGUAUUUUUAAUAAGCAGUUAGGUUUAAUUUUCAUGAAGUUUUUAAAAUUGUUCUGGAAGUAAGCGAUUAUUAGUACUAUGACACUUUGGUAUUUGUUUGGAUUUACUUAUAGGCCUAGUGUGGUAGGUACUAGGUAUCUGUCACCCAUUAUUUACAUUCUUCCUUACUGGGAGAGCUUUUUUUUAGUUGCCAGAGAGGCCUUAUUCCAUUUUCCUGGCUGGUACUUGGUAGAAAUUAAUAAUUAUGCAAAGUUGUUCUAAAGGAGUGAAUUGUUAUUUUCAAACUUCGUUAUUUCAGCAUCAGUCAUAUUGGAAAUUACAUUUACCAGAAUCCCUUCCCUGUAUGGUUCCAUGUUCAAGCCUACUAAUAGCCCAGUUGCAUGAGAUUUGGAAAACACAAGUGAGGAGGGUAUUGCUGAGGUUUUGUACCACAGUGCAGGGAGAGAGGCACAUGCACAGGCGCUUUUAUGGUUACCAGUUCUCAGCUAGUUUUCCUGUUUUGUGGCCCUGCCAUUCAAGAGUAUCCUCAAAACAAACAACUGCUUGGCUUCCAUUUUUCUCAAAGGUAUAGCCUUCCAAAGACAUCUCCACAAGCUUGGCAUCAGGGAGUCCACUUCUGUGAUGAGACAACCAAUUUGAUUUCCCUGCAAAUGGUAGUGUGUUCUCCAGGCCACUGUUUAGACUGUCAUGGUUGCUCAUCUUUUCUGCUGCUCUGACUCUUCUAUAUAUUUUAGUAUGUUUUUAUAAGGUCUAGUUUGUAUAGCGAACACCUUGUUUUCUUCAUUUCAAGUGGUUUUGUGUUCCUGAUGUUACCACGACAGCUACAAUGUGAAACCAAAAACAUAAAUAAACCAUACAGAUGGGUUUUGUUACAUAUGCAUCUGUAAUUCUUACAUCAACUAUCUCAUCUGACAUUUUACAUUUACAACAAUAAUUUGAGCAUUAAUGAUCCCACCGACCUGAGCACCCUCCUCAUGCACAGCUCGUCCAGGGUGCACCGAAAGAGGAGUAGCACCGCCCCUAGGGUAUUUAAUCUCACUCUGGAAUCUGCAGGGUGACCAACAGUCCAGCUUCUCCUGACUCACACCUCCCUCCCUCCUGGCUCUAUCCCGCAUGCUUCACUCUGCCCCAUGCUCACCUCGUGGGCACCAGGAAUGGGGCACAGGUGGUGGGCAGCACUCAUGUCUGUGGAGCCACACUCUGGCCAAAGCUACCAUGUACCACCCAGCCUGUGCUGCCCUGCUUACUGCACCAGAUCACUGCAGAGCCUGAGCUGGGAUGCCAGGUGACUGAGGACACCUGGCCAGCAGCCUGCAGCAUGGAUUUGGAUUCUGGCAAGCAGAGCGAGGACCAGCCCGGGACUGUCGAGUAUUUCACAUAAUGCCAAUUUCUGCAUAAUGACCUGGUCAUUGGAAUCUAACCAUGUUGAUAAGGGAGGAGUGGGUGUAACAAAAUUUUUUUAGAAAUCCACACAGUAUUUUGUUUUCCUACCACAUUUGUUAUCCUACCAGAUUUUUUAGUGUGUGCUGACCCUGUCUUUCCACAUGCAAACAAGCAUCAUUGUCAUAUAGGAUAGACAUGGGGAGCUUUCUGAUACAGCUGAAUACAAUCCCUCUGUAUGUGUUCAGUUAUUAUGUAUGAUUCUGUGUCAUUAAAAACUGUAUUUUCCCCAAAAACAAUAUGUAGAUACUUCUUAGAAGUACGCUAUUAUUUUCUUCAAAUCAGUUAUAUACUAACAAAUGUUAUUCUAAACCUGGUGGUGCAGUGGUUAAGAGCUACAGCUGCAAAC